CUCACAUUUGCAUGUUUUCGAACUGCUAGGUUGGCAGAAGCUGGAGCUAACAGCGGGCGCUCACUCCGCUCCCGGAAUUUGAACCUGCGACCUUUCGGUGUGCAAGUUCAGCAGCUCAGUGCUUUAACACACAUCGCCACCGGUGCUCCGUAAGAUGAAGAGGGAGGGGGGAAAGUGGGAGGAGAGAAAAGAAAGUGGGGCAAUAAGGGAUGAAUGGGGCCAGCUGGAGGGCACUGUAGUUUAGUUUCGCCGUUGAGCGACGUGCUGCUUCCUCGGCGCGUGUGCACACGUGUCCUGGAGGCCCCGCCCUCAGGAGAGUCAUGCCGACGCGGCCACCGCCAGCGAAGGUCUCGUGUCCCCUAAGAGACGCCGUAGCGUCCCAAGCUGUUGGUAACUAAGCGAGGAGAAAGGCUUUCAUUCAGUCGCUCGCUCGGAGCGGGAUGGAUGCGUCCCACCGGGCUGCUUCCCUCGCCGUGUCCUGCCUCCGAAGGCCGGUGGACCCGCGCACUAGAGCCCCCAUAGCGCUGUACGAGCGGGAGCGGGAGGACGGAGCCUGGCAGCAGAAUAAUUUGCAUCCUGAGAGAGAACAGAGUUCCGAUGUCCAUGCUGAUUGCAAAGACUGGGCAGACAUUUCCAAAAUGUAUCUUUCAAAUCAAGAAUAUUACUUAAAGCUGGAAGAACUUAAGAAUGCGCACCAGGAGACCAUGGCGAAACUGGAAAACAUGUAUCAGAAUAAACUGUAUCUGAAAGGAGUUGAGCCUUUAACCAACACAGAUAUGGCCAAUAGUACGAGUUACAGAUCAGCAUAUGGGUUGAACUCAUUUAAUCCUCAGAAGAGACAUACAUCAUUUUCUGAGCCUGAUUUAAACAGUUAUUUCCAUUCAAAUGUAUCUGAUACAUCUGAUGAAGAGUUAUAUUUAGAUGAAGAUGACAGUGAAGAAGAAUUGCUGACAUUUCAAAAGCAGCAAAUUGAAAGUGCAUGUGAUAGGUUUUCGCCAGAGGAUUAUUCUCACCGCACUAAAAGUAUUUCAUCCAUGUUACAAACUUUGAGAAAGCCUAAGAAGAAGAAAAAGAAGAGAUGGUCCCCAAAGAUCACAGUACCCCAGCCUUUCCAGAUGACUAUUCGGGAAUCUAAGAAAAAACAACACAACGUCAAAUCAAAGUCAUUGAUUGAACUAGAAAAUAAUUUGCUAAAGAAACGAUUGGAGGAAGAAAUGGAGUGUCAGAAGAAAUUCCGUGCCAAUCCAGUGCCUGCUUAUGUCUUUGUCCCUUUGUAUCAUGAAAUAAUGCAGCAAAACGAAGAACGUAGGAAGUCACUUCGAGAAAGUAGGAGAGAGAUUCUUUUAGGUAUGCAAAAGCCUUUCAAAUUUAUUGAAAGAGAAGCACAAAAGAAAGAACUGAAAAAAGUGCAAUUGAAGGACCUUUCCUUGCCAGAAAAGACAAGAAUAUUCAAAGCAAAGCCAGUUCCUAAAUGUAUUUAUAGUUCAGAAGUCAAUGAGAAGCUAAAGGAAGAAGAACUUUAUAGACAAAUUAGAAUACAGAUGAGAUCUGAAGAGCUUCUGCGUAAUUCAUUUUUCCCCAGCAACAGAUUAGGAAAUAAAGGUCCCAAUAAGCAUAGGGAGCAAUGCUGUCUUGAACAUAACGAAGGACUUGGAUGCAAACCAAGACACAAAACCCAGGUCCCAGAUUUUGAAAUAUUACAUAAAAAAUUCCGGAAACAGCUUCAGAGACAGAAAGAUGUGAAACCCAUCACAGUCUGUGAACCUUUCAGUCUCCGCACUGCUAAUAUCCCUUCCAACAAAAAGAAGAUUCUUGAGGAUAUCCAAAUGGAUGAAGAAAAAUUAAAGGAGACACGUUGGCCCUAUGCUUCUUCAAGAUGCAGUCCCCAAAUGAGAACUCCUUUAGAUUCUGAAGAACCCAUAUCACCAAGAAUUACAGAAUCUACAAGACGACGAUUACAAGCCAUUAGGAACUCAGCUAAGGAAAAACAGAGGGUGGAAGAAGAGCAGAAAAGGAGGAGAGCAAAACAGAAACAAAGAGCAAGAGAACUACAGAGACUUAUAAGCACUAGGGCUGAAGCAAAUGAUCCACAUCAGAGCCUCGCUCAGAUCUAUAAGUCAAAGCUAAAAAUAUUCAGGAAACAUGAAAAGCAGAGAAUGAAAGAAUAUCUACAGGAACUGGAAGAAAUGGAAGAAAGGGUGGAAAAGAGACCAUUGUUGUUGGAACAAGCUACACAGAAAAAUGCACGGAUAGCAGCAGAGAAACUUUAUUCUGAUACUCUUCGAGAGCUGGGACUCUGUGAAGAAUUUGUCUCAAAGAAAGGACAAUCUAAAGCAGAAAUGCUUUUGCAGGGCCAUUCCAGAGAUGACUCUGAAAUCUCGGCCGAAGCAGAUAUCAGAAGUGAUAAUGAAGAUAAAACACAAGAUAAAGAAUCACCAGGAGCAGAAGAGAAGUCUGAAACUGAAUCUAUUCAGUCCUAUAAAGAGGAAGUGGAGGAGGAGGAGGAAGAGGAGGAAAAGGAAGAGGAGGAGGAAGAUGAUGGAGAUGGUGAAGAUAGUGGAGGUGGUGGAGAUGAUGGAGAUGAUGGAGAUGGUGAGAUUCAGUCAGAUCAUGGUGACCAAGAUGCUCCUGCAGACGAAAAUGAAAACAAUGAAGAAGAUUCAGGAGAAGAACCCAGAGAUUAUCAAAAUUGAUUAAAAUAUAGUAUUGCUUCUAUGUUGCCUGAGUUUUAGUGUCUGAAUUUGAAUCUAAUGCUUGAAUUAAAAUGUGAGAUGGUGAGA